GAGGCGGUGUCGGACGGUGCGGCUGUCAGCGCUUGGCCGGCCCCUCGGCUAUGGCAGUAUUCCAUGACGAGGUGGAGAUCGAGGACUUUCAGUAUGACGAGGACUCGGAGACGUAUUUCUACCCCUGCCCGUGUGGGGAUAACUUCUCCAUCACCAGGGAAGAUUUGGAGAACGGAGAAGACGUGGCAACGUGUCCUUGCUGCUCUCUUGUUAUAAAAGUGAUUUAUGACAAGGAUCAGUUCAUGUGUGGAGAAACAGUCCUAGCCCCUUCAAGCAACAAAGAACUGGUUAAGUGCUGA